AUGGUCGAUAUCGAACAAGCCGUUCAAGCGGGGCGGAAUGCUGUUGUUUUAUCAACAGAGCGCCAUCCACACUAUGCAAGGCUUCUGUACAAUCUUGCCGUUCGGCUUGUCACUCAAUACUCGAGGACUCAUGCGAUGGUUGAUCUUGACGAGGCUAUUCAGUUGGGACGACAGGCCGUACAUUUGACCCCUAAGGACAACAAGGAUCGAUCAGAAGUGCUCAUGAAUCUGGGAAAUUUCCUCAGUAAACGAUAUUCCGUAAUGGGGUCAAUUCAUGAUCUCCAGGAGACUGUUCAACUGGCAACGGAGGCUGUCAAUGCCACUCCCGAGGGGCAUCCGGAACAUGCAGAUUAUAUAACCAACCUUGGAGCACAGCUGGCCAUUCUAUACUCAAGAACAGGCUUGCUGUCCGAUCUUGAGGAGGCCAUUCGUGUGGGACGAAAAGCCGUCGAGGUAGCUCAGGAGGGCCAUCGACAUCGUGCAAAUGUCUUGCACAAUCUUGGGACCCACCUUACACAGAGCUAUUUAAGAACAGGGUCUAUGACGUGCCUCGAAGAAUCAAUUCAACUGAAGAGAGAAGCCGUAAGGAUGACUCCUAGCGGGCACCCAGACGCCCCAGUGCGUCUCGAUGGCCUCGGGCUUACGCUGGGCCUUCGAUAUUCAAGAACUAGAGAAGAGGUCGAUCUUGAAGAGGCUAUUCGAGUUGGGUGGGAAGCGGUCAAUGGAACUCCUGAGAACCAACCUGGCCGCUCUGGAUACUUGAACAACCUUGGGGCUCGGCUCGGCGAUAGAUAUGCGCAAGCCGGAACGGAAUCAGAUCUGAAAGAGGCCAUUCGACUUUCUAUUCGGGUGAGUCGGGAAGCGUUCAGUUCGAUGCCAAAGGACCAUCCGGACAGGGUCAGCCUCCUGAACAACCUUGGGCUUCAACUAGGUGAUCGAUACGCAAGAAUAGGAGCAGACGGUGAUCUCAAUGAGUCAAUUGAGUUGAUUCGAGAAUCUGUCAAGAUGACGCCAGAGAGUCACAUCAGCCGUGCGAAACGCUUAAACAAUCUUCAGAUCCGGCUCAGCGAUCGGUUUUUAGCAACGGGGGCAGAAGUUGAUCUCAAAGAAGCCAUCCGGGUGGGCCGCAAGGCUGUCGAUGAGACCCCUGAGGGUCAUCCAGACAGAGCUCUUGUCCUAUCGAAUCUUGGUAAUCGGCUUGGGGAUUUGUUCGAAAGAACUGGAGACAUCGUCGAUCUGAACGAGGCUAUUCGAAUCUGCCAAGAAGCAAUUGACGCGAUGCCUAAAACCCAUUCGCGACGAGCAGAAUGGCUGAUAAACCUCGGGAAUCGACUCAGCGACCGGUACAGGAAAACAGGAGCGAUCAGCGACUUUGAAGCAAUCACAGCCCAGUACCAAGCUGCUCUUUGCCACUCUAGCUCAGUCGCCAGUACUCGAAUCACGGCUGGUAGAAAGGUUCUUCGGUGCUACGCCAACAAAUUACGCUGGCAACAAGCGUACGACGCAUCAGCCAUCGCAGUUCCCCUCAUACCUAAACUAACACUUCGCUCACUGGAAAAUUCGGACAAGCAACACAUCCUUGGCGAAGUGGUUGGCUUUGCCUCCGACGCAGCAGCCGUAGCAUUGCAUGCAGGAAAGGGACCUUUGGUUGCCCUAAACUUCCUCGAACAAGGACGCGGAGUCCUUGGUACAUCUCUCGAAGAGCUAAGAACAGAUGUACUGGAGCUGAAAGAGAAACAUCCGGAACUGGCAGAACAUUUUGUUCCCGCUGCAUGGCAAGCUCAAUCGCACCGGCGCUACAAAGCAGGCGACGACUUAGACAAGUUGAUCGAUUCAAUCCGACAAAAGGCUGAUUUCCAUGACUUCUUGCUUGCACCGAGCCAAGCGGAAAUGAUGGGUGCGGCGAGCUGCGGUCCCAUCAUCGUCAUCAACGUGAGCGAGUUCCGCUGCGAUGCGAUACUCAUUCAACAACAAGGGAUUCAAUCAGUAUCCUUGCCGCGGCUGAACCGCCAAGACAUCGAAGAGAAGUCACAAAAGGGACUUGGUAGUACUGAGAUUCUAGAGUGGCUAUGGGAUGCUAUUGCUGAUCCAGUUCUCAACGCUCUGGGUUUCACUGAUCCUCCACAAGGAACCUUGCCCCAUGUAUGGUGGAUUCCUACCGGACCUUUGGCCAAAUUCCCAAUCCAUGCGGCUGGAUAUCACAUGAAAGGCCAAGCUGUGCUUGACAGAGUGAUGUCGUCCUACAGCUCGUCUGUCAAAGCAAUGAUCCAUACGCGACGACGUCCGACCACGCCUUCCACCUCAGCCCAUGCUCUCCUCGUUGCGAUGGAGCACACGCCAGGGAGGGGUAUCCGGCUUCCCUUUGCACCCAAGGAAAUUGAGGUACUACACAACCUGUGCAAGUGCAUGAAACUCUACCCUAUCGAGCCAGGCCGGCGCAAAGAAGAUGUCAUUUCGCACUUGCCCCGAUGCAAGAUAUUUCACUUUGCUGGGCAUGGCUAUACAAACGGAACAGAUCCAUCGAAGAGUCACUUGCUGUUGCAAGAUGAACCACUUACGGUAGCAAACUUGCUAGAGAUAGAUCUACGCAAAAGCCCUCCAUUUCUUGCCUAUCUCUCUGCCUGUGGAACAGGUCGCAUUAAGGAUGAGAGAUUUGUUGACGAAAGUAUACACCUGAUCAGUGGGUGUCAACUCGCCGGCUUUCGUCAUGUUAUUGGAACUCUUUGGGAGGUUAAUGAUGAAUCAUGUGUCGAGAUGGCGAAACUUACAUACGAAGGGAUACGAAACGGAGGUUUGACAGACGAGUCAGUUUGCCAAGGGCUUCAUGCGGCUUGCCGGGAGCUCCGAGACCAAUGGCUAGCCAUCCAAACGGAUACUAGUUCCAGUGAACCACAUUCUGGGAAGGUCCGAAUGCCCAGGGAUGUUGUUUUGUGUGACGGCCUUGAGGGAGCCACGACACUUCACUGGGUUCCAUAUGUGCAUUUUGGGGUGUGA